UGUUACCAUGCGCAACAUAUUCGUUCAUUGAAUAUCGUCUGAAGUGUUGAAAUGGUAAAACUAGCGAUCAAAUUACGAUGAAAUAAAUUGUUAUUCAAUUUAUUUUAAACUAUUUUGAAAACAAAUCGAUUUUUUAUCUAAAAACCAGUGGAAAAGACUGAAAUUUUCAACAAUAAAUCUAUAUUAACCGCUGACAGCGCCAUAAUUUGAAACAUUUGUCGUGUCAUUGAACGACACCGAUCGGUUGCUAUAGUCAAUGCAAAUUCGUGUGUGUUAUUCUUUUUCGUUUCAACCUUUAUUUUUUAUAAUAUCUGUACUGCUAUUCGUUGCUGCUCCAGUGUGCUUAUUAGUUAGUUUAUUGUAUAAAUAGAAAAAUGUCAGAUGUUUUUGACAAUUCAUUUGUAAAAUAAAUUUAAUAUUUUUUGUGGCCUAGAAUAAGUCUAAGUGAUUAAGAGAUUGGAAUGGCCUUAACACGGAAGCUAACUGCAAAAAUAUAUGAAAUUCAAGCCCACUCACAGAAGGUGACAUCGUUGGAUAUUGGCGAAACGGGUCGCGUACUCGUUACUGGUGGUCAAGAUCGCAAUGUCAAUUUAUGGGCAUUCGGAAAUGAAAAGUGUUUUAUGUCACUACCCGGCCACAAUGGUCAAGUGGAUUGUGUGAAAUUUACGUCGGGCGAUGAUUUAGUGUAUUCAGCCGAUGAAAAUGGUAUCAUAAAGCGAUGGGAUCUAAACACACAACCGGGAUGCGUCACAUUUUAUGGUCACAUGAAAAGUGUACGAACACUCGACUUUCAUCCGCAUGGAAAUUACAUUUUUGCUAGUGGCAGCAAUGAUACCACCGUUCGACUGUGGGACGUUCGAAAGAGUGAUAGUUGCUUUAGUAAAUUUCGUGGUCACAUUGCAAACGUGAAUUCCGUGAAAUUCUCACCCGAUGGCUGGUGGAUUGCAUCGGCUGGAACGGAAGGUUCAGUGAUCAUUUGGGAUAUACGAACGACGAACAAAGUGAUGGAGUUCCAAGAGACUGCAUCACCCGUCACAUGUAUCACAUUUCAUCCAUCCGAUUUCAUUCUGGCAGCCGGUCGAAACGAUGGAACCGUUGAUUUAUAUGACUUAGAAACGAAGUCGACAAUCUCACGCGCCGAUGGUAAUGGCCAUACUGUUAAAUGUAUCACCUUUGGUGAAAAUGGUGAAUGUUGUUUUGUGGGUAGUGCCGAAGGUGUUUCCGUCAACGGAUGGGAACCGGACAGAGAGUUUGAUCAUAUUGAAUCAGCUUGGAGUAUGUUAGGCGAUAUGAAAGUUGUGAAGCAAAAAUUGAUAUGUGGUUCAUAUGAAAAACAGUCAGUUCUGGUGCAUGCAAUCAAUUUGGAUCAUGUGAUUCCAUAUUACAAUCCGACAAAUAUUCCGUUUAAGCAUAAUCAAAGUACGCGAAAGAGUUUCAAUCGUGGAACGCCAAAAACGAAAUUGGUCCUAAAGUCAAAUGGCAAUAAUAACAAUGAUUUUCGAAGUGGAUCGCUAACAAGUGGCAAAGAAAUGUCGUCGCCAUCCAGUCUCAGUUUUGAGAUGAUCGAAGAGAGUAUCGAUGAGAUUCCGCUACCUCAACCAACAGCAACGAAAAAUGAGUAUGCGUUUGAAAAUCUAGCACGGACACGUGAAAGUUCGUUGUUCAGUCUUCCGGGUGAUAAUUACAAUGGUUUUAUGGACGAUUAUCAAACACCGAUGCCACCCGAUAAUGGUUCAUACUUUGAUAAUUCGUCGAAUGACCUUGAUUAUUAUCCCGAACGAAGUGUGGAACCAGAGCGUGAAGAUUUCCCUGUGAAUAGUGCACAACAGCCAGAUUAUGCACCAAAAAAGGACACAAUGCAUGGCUCAAGUGCGUAUAAUCCGCCAAAAGUAAUGAACAAGUCAAAAUUAGCUCCGUCACAACGUCGAACGUUGUCUCAACAAUCUGCGAGAGCAUCGUUAGCCGCAUCGAAGAAGUUUUCAACGAGUAACAUUGACUUGCAUUCACUCGAUGAUAAUGGAUCGACAUUUGGUGGCAGCAAGAAAAGUAUCUCGUCACGAAAUGGUUCACCAACUCGAAACUAUUCCGCAUUUAAUAACAAUAAUAACAAUAAUCACAAGGUGAAACGACCGGAACCGAAAGAAAUCAAUCAUGCUCGGAACAAUCGAAAGAUUACGGUACAAAUUCUAGCCAAACCACCACCACCAGCUCGAUCAAAAACCUCACUUGAUCUUAAAUCCAGCUCAUCUAUGUCACAAACAUCGCUUCCGAUGGCGUCUUCGAGUCACUUGCAUGCCACGCUUCCCUCAAUGCCACCAGCAGUCACAGCACAACCAAAAGCCUUCGGCAGUUCGAGUUACAAUGGCCAUGGUUCAGCGGAGGAGAAUGCUGAAAUCAGUGUUUUAACCGCAUAUCAUGAACGGGUCUAUCAACAGCUUAGCACUCGCUAUGCAACACUUCAACUAGUUCGAAAUUCAAUGAGAUCUCAAGACAUCGGUGGUGCUAUUAGGCAUGUGGCUAAAAUGCAGGAUCAUUCAGUCAUGGUCGAUUUGCUUGGUGCAAUAAUUGAAAAACCAGCGUCUUGGAACUUGGAUAUGUGUGCAACCAUAUUGCCCGAAAUAUAUGAAUUGCUGCAAAGCGAGCAUAAAUUCCACUAUACACGAGCAUGUGACACGUUACGAAUAAUCUUAUCGAAUUUCUUGCCAAUAAUCCAAUCAAAUACCGGUCCUUGGGCACGGUCGUUCGGCGGCGGUGUGGACAUACCGCGCGAAGAACGCCAAAAGAAAUGCAUGGAAGCAGCGCACUGGUUAUGCAAAAUAAAAACAUUGCCCGAUAAUCGGCACAUGGGCUCCAAUCUAACACAGUUGCAAAAUCUAAUUGUUGAGAUUUAGAGCAGUGAUUUAAUUGACAUACUGUAGCCGACAGUAUCUUUUUUUGAUUCAAUUUUUUUUUCUGUUUGUUUGUUUUCUUUUUUGUUUAACCCAUUUUUUGUUUGCGUAAAAAAAGUAUUUAUUAUUUAGUCAUUUGAAUGAGGUUUAGAAACAACAACCACGGGAUAAUAUAUUUAACGAGUCUCCAAAAUCAAGUAAAUUAAUACCUAUUAACCAAUGUUCCGAUCGAAUUUGAUCAACUCAAUAUUUAAUCGUUAGCCAUGUAAGACAAACCUAAAACAACUCACGCUCAACUCAAUUUUUUUUAAAAUAAUUUGUGCAUCAUGAUAAAAAUUAAACGAUUUCAACAUAUAUUUUUCACAUUUGAUAAUGAAAAAAAAAAUCAAUAGCAAAAUGACAAAAUAUCCAAUAAGAAUGUUCAUCUGUGAAAUAACAGCUCAAUUCGAGCAAUACACACAGCAUCAUCAUAUAUAGCACCGUACCUUGCGCUUAGUGACAUACAGUUUCUCUAGGCAACUCUAAUUUAAUCGAUUUUUUUUUAUUAUUUACAAUAGCAACUAAUUUUUCAAAGCCUAAUUCUAGAAAUUAACAGAAGAAAAAUCAGUAAAUUAAUUUACACUGUAACACAAUUUAAGAGCUAUUCGAAAAACAUGAGAAAAAAAAAUAUAAAAAUGAUAACAUGGUAACUGAUAAGAACUGAAACAUUAGACAUUUUAAUCCAUUAAUCGAGUUUUAGCUUAAGCCGAAGUAUAAAAAAAAACAUGAUACAUAAUUUUAUCCGUAGUUUUGUUCGAUAUUUUUUAUAUAAUAAUUUUAUGACUGGUGAUAACUAAUUUUUAAGAAUGUUCUCUCCACUUUGUCUCUCCCCUUUUUGUAUUGCGCUGACACGACUAGUAAUAAAGCUGCAAAAAGACAUUUUAUUCCCGGCAAUUGGGGAUUUAUUCAAA